UUUAAUUUUUCUUCUUGAAUGCAGCACCACAAAUUCAUCCUCUACGUAAGGUCAUGUCCAGAUUGAGUUUACAUUUGCCUGAAAAUAAUGUUCCUGGUCCUUGUCAGUCCGAUUUGAUAUCUCCCAUCGGUCGUUUGAAUUUGUCACCUUCUCGUGGUGGCAUGGAUGCUAUGAAAGUACCAGCGACUACUUCAAUGCAGAAUAUUUUACCAAAAGCAUCUGAUGGAAGCAAACAAGCUCCAAUCCCUGUUGGUGACACAACACCUGAAGCCAUUUUGAAGGCGGAUGCAUCACCUGGAGUUACUAUCACUGGUACAUCAAGCUUCAAGGAUAAGCAAAAGGAGUUAGCUGCGAAGGGUAAUGAUGUUUACAACAGGACAGUGCAUCCCAGAUCGUCGCAUGUCAGUAAAUCUAUGAAAAUUGGAGUGGGCGGCUUGCAUGUCGUGGAAGAAGGUGUGGAGGUAGUAGAUGUUGAUAAAUUUGUUCAAAAACAGCCUGCCAUAGUCAAUGGUUUUGUAACUCUUCAGCCGAAGAACAGUCUGGUCUUUCCUUUAGCAGAUAAUCCACGUUUCCCCGUAUCCGACGAUGAUAUCAUGCAUUUCUGUGCAAUUGUUGAGCUGGCGUACAUCGAUCGAAUUCAGAAGUAUGUUUUAUAUCUCUCACUUUUUCUGUUUUGUUCUUCUACUUCUCUUUAUUUGUUAAGUAUCUUUUUUCCUGCCUUUCAGACCUUUGAUUUGUUACCUCACUUAUCAUUCUUAUUUGAUUCUAUUCGAAGACAACCAUCCUUCAAAAUCUGGGAGGAAAGCAUCCUUGAUUUAUCUGGUGCAAUGCAGGAGAACAUUGUCCGUACCUCAUUUCUUGGUGCUGCUAGAGCCAGUAAAGGGAAAAGACUUGAUUUAUCAGAUAGAAUUAGGAAUUUUACACUUCUUUGGAAGAAGAUAUUCAACAGCGAUGAACCUGAUUUCAAGAAAUUUAGUGUUAUGACUCCUAACAUGCCACGCCAGGGGAAUGCUCACGAUUGUGGUGUCUUUACAAUGAAGUCUGUUGAAGUUUUUGAACCCACCAAGGACCUCCGCAAGGAAUUUAGUAAAGAUGACGUUCUCCACUUGCGUAUUCAGUAUGCAAACCGUCUGUUCUUCCAUAGUGGCAAUACAGUUGAUCGUAGCAUAGUUACCAACUACUAUGUGAAGGAGGAUUUUGUGCGCUAG